AUGACAGAGAAGAUCUUCGAACUGAAAUACUCAUCCGGAGAACAAGGGGAAAACAGUGAUUUCCCCACAAUAUCACAGGACUUUUCUCCUCCACCCAAUCCACCCCAGCAGUAUCCUAAUACUCAACCUUACCCAUCCAAUCCACCCCAACAGUAUCCUAAUAAUCAGCCUUACCCAUCCAAUCCACCCCAACAGUAUCCUAAUAAUCAACCUUACCCAUCCAAUCCACCCCAACAGUAUCCUAAUCAUCAACCUUACCAACCCAGUCCACCCCAGCAGUAUCCUAAUAAUCAACCUUACCCUCCCAAUCUACCCCAGCAGUAUCCUAAUAAUCAACCUUACCCAUCCAAUCCACCCCAGCAGUAUCCUAAUAAUCAGCCUUACCCAUCCGAUCCACCCCAACAGUAUCCUAAUAAUCAAUCUUAUCCACCCAAUCUUCCCCACCAGUAUCCUAAUAAUCAACCUUACCCACCCAAUCCAUCCCACCAAUAUCCUCAUAUCCAACCUUACUCGCCCGAUCAAAAUCCUUCUGUUCCAUCUCAUGUAAUCAACCCGAACUGUCCUCAAUCCCCAACUCAAUCCUAUUUCCAAAACCCUCCCAUACUAACUCAAAAUAUCAAUCCAUCCCAACCAACACCACACAACAAACCCGACCCAAAUCCACCAAAUCAACCACAUCGUCCCGCGAAUAGUCGGUACAGGCCACGUAACCAGAAUUUUCCACGACCACAGCAGCAAAAUCAGCAACAACAAGCAUCACUGUCUCAUCCAAGAACUAAUGCUCCAUCACCUCAACAAAUCGGUCGAAACAUCAACAGUUUCAAACAACAUCAACAGGAAGAUCGUUCGGGUCAUAUUGAGAGGGUAUCGGAAAGAGCCGAAAAUAAGCCAAAAUUCAAAAAAUAUUCAAAUGGACCAAAACCGGAUUUCAAGAAGCAUCCGAAUAGACCAAAGCAAGAACAAGCUGACAAGGUGCGGAAAACUGAAAGAGAAACGAAAAAUGCCGAAGCUGCACCAAAAGCUGGUGUUGUGAAUGCUGAAGAAGCAAAGUCGGAUGGUAAAAAGAGAGAGGUGCACGUCGUACUCUCGUUGAACGUCUGA